AUGAAUGACAUGGGCAAGGGCGUGCCAGUGCAGAUGCUCAACCCUGCCACCCGCCUGUUCAUCGUCGAGUUCAAGGCCGGUCGAACGGACCUGUUCUUCACCCCGGAUCCAACCGUCGCUUUGCAGGUCGGCGACCUUGUCAUCGUCGAAGCCGAUCGCGGGCAAGACUUGGGCAAGGUCAAGGAGGACAAGAUCACCGUCGAUGACGUCAGGGCGUUCAACGUCGCUCGCAAGCAAGAGAUGGACGUCAACGUCAACGGGGCCGUGUCGGCCAGGAUCAAGGGCGCGCUCACCAACAUUCUCGUUGGAGAAGCCAACGCCGAGGCCGGGGGCGGACUCAACCCGAACCCCGCCGUCAAGGCUGUUCAGCGCGAACUCAUGCCCAAGCGAAUCUUUGGCAAGGCGGGUCCCGCCGAUCGACAGCUGCUCACGGCCAAGCUGCAGGACGAGGCCCAGGCGUUGGCCUUGUGUCAGCAGAGGGUCAAGCAGAAGCGUCUCCCGAUGGAAGUGCUCGAUGCCGAGUAUCAAUGGGACCGACGUAAACUCACAUUCUAUUUCAUCGCCGAGAAACGGAUCGAUUUCAGGGAGUUGGUUCGAGAGCUAUUCAGAAUCCACAAGACCCGGAUCUGGAUGGCCAGUCUAGAUCAUAGCUAUCUGCAGGACGACGACAACAAGUCAUAG